GUGACUGGACUGCUGUAUAUCGAGUUCCCGGCACAGCAAGUUCCAAACCUCGUCCUAUCAUUUGACCCUCCAACGUUAUGCUUCAUCCCUGUUCGUAGGGAGCGGCAUGUCAUCAUCUCGAGCAAGUCCGAAUAGCAGACUCGUCAUUUCCUUACGCCGCUGUUUUUUUUUGACUUUCCGCAUAUUUUUCCUAUUCAUUCUCUUCUCGUCGAACCAAGGAGCCAAGCCCCCAAGCUCAUACCACACAUACAUAGUAAGGCUGAUGAAAAUCUCGCCACCUGCAAAGACGAUCACAAAAGCACAACAUGUAGGGGUAAUACAACCCUAACCCCCCUCUGCCGAUUCUCCAACAGAGGAAAUAAGGCGUCGACGGGGUUGCCAAGGCAGAAGCGAUGCGUCUCGCCGAAAGACGCCAUCAGAGGAAU